AUGCACGUCAACACAAAGCUCCUCGCUACCGCGCUCUUUACAGCGAGUCUUCCCCUUGGUAUUCUUGCCGAAAAGCCGCAUUGCGAGACGUCGACUGGCAGCCCCGACACGCGAGAUAUCACCGAUGCAAUCAACGAAAUGCACGGGUGGACGAGCGAUGUUUGCGAGAAUGGCAACGGCGUUAAAAGCAAGUGCACGACGCUUGUCAGCCAUAAGUCAGCUGCCAUCUCUCUCUGCGGCGACGCAGCCUCGCUUUCCUGCAAGGGAAUCGCUUCCGUCGCAAAUGAUAUCCAGCAGGCUUGCUUGUCGGAUGGCAAGGCCGGUGGCUGGGUAAGUGGCUCGUACACUGCGGCGGACGGUUCAACGCCUGAUUAUUGGGUCGAGGUUAUUCACUCGUAAUGGUUUUUUAAUUGUUUGCGGGGAGAGUAAAAGGGGAGGUCUGGGGUAAUUAGCAUUGCCAACUUGAUAUAGUGCGAAACUAAAGUUGAGCCCGGCUAAUAGUGAGAACAUAUGGGAAUUGCGACUAUGGUUGAUUUAUAAAUGGAGUCGAGCGUAGAUACCAAGUGACGACGAACCGGCUGUCGAGUGAAGUACCAACGAGACGCCGAGCAGGAAUCCCGGUCUAAUAAUUAAAGAGAAG